GGCCGCGGGGGCGGGCGCUGAGCGGCGGUAUCGCGGCCGUCCGCUAGCUAUUGCCGGAAGUGGUGUGCGGCCUCACUUCCGGUGAGCUCUCGAACGGCCGGGGGCGGCGAUCGGCGCUACCCGGAGCCAGGAUGGCGCUGUGGCUCCCGCGGUACCGGGACGGCAGCCCCGCGGUGGAAGAGGACGAGCAGCGGGAGCUGUCUCCGGGCUCCCGACAGCGCCUGCAGAUCUAUAGCCAGGAGAUCGAAUUAGCCUGCCAAAAAGAGAAAGAGUUCGUGAAACACUCUGUAGAAUGCACAUGGAAUCUUGCAGAAGCUCAGCAAAAACUUGAUAGCUUAGCACUGCAUAACGCAGAAUCCUUCGAUCAAGAACACGCUCAAGCAAAGACUGAAGUUGCAGAGUUGAGAUGGAGAGAGGAGGAGUGGCGAAGAAAAGAAGAAGCACUAAACCAAGGGGAAAGACAGGACCUAUGGAACACAGAUCUUGUUAGUAAGGAGGUAUUUAAUAAGAGUUUUAUUAAUCAAAAAAGAAAAGAAACAGAAGAUGAAGAUGCAGCUGAAUCAUUUAUGAAAAAACAUGAACAGAAGAUUAGACACUUUGGUAUGAUGAGAAGAUGGGAUGAUAGUCAAAGAUUUCUGUCUGACCACCCAUAUCUUGUAAGUGAAGAAACAUCUAAAUAUCUCAUGUUAUGGUGCUUUCAUCUAGAAGCUGAACAGAAAAGAGCUCUAAUGGAACAAGUAGCACACCAAGCAGUAGUAAUGCAGUUUAUUAUAGAAAUUGCCAAAAACUGCAAUGUGGAUCCAAGAGGCUGUUUUCGUCUCUUUUUCCAAAAAGCCAAAACAGGAGAAGGCUAUUUUGAGGCAUUUAAAAAUGAACUUGAGGCAUUCAAGACAAGAGUGAGAAUCUGGUCACAAUCAGAUAGCUUUCAGGCUAUCUUACUAUAUAAUCCCGCUAUCAAUCCUAGUCUUGUAGAACAGCUGACAUCUUUGUCACAGAACACAGGUGAUCUACAAGGUUCCAUAAAUACAAAUGUCUGCAGUUUAAACUCUGUGAUACAAAGAGAUGAAGAAGAAUCCAAAAUGAUGGACACAGUAUAGCAUUGUUAAGACUGAGGCCAAGUACCUUUUUUUUUUCUUAACAAAGGAAAGAACAUGGCUAUUUUCUUGACACUUAUUUUUCUGGGUACUGCACUUUAUUUUUGGUGUCAGAUUUGUUGUUGUUUUUUGUUGGGGGGUGGGUUGAAUGGGGGGUGGGCAAUUCAGAGAAACUUGUAAUAUUGUUUGAAAAUGUGCUGCUAGGUUUUUGGUUGUCCUUGAAGAGCAGGGUUCUCAUAUUGCUGAAUGUGAAACUGGAUGUGUUUUCUGCUACUAACCUUGCCUUUCAUAACUUUAGAAAUCAAAGUAUGAUAAAAGAAUCUGCACAAAUACAAUGUUUACAAGAAGCAGUAGAUUCUUAUUAGAAUCUGCUAUUGUCUUACUACAGAUGUGGAUGUCUUACUCUGAAUUGGAGAUCACAACUGUAUUUACGCUACCUUGUUCACAUUAUAAGCUCUCAAAUUCGGUUAUCACUAAUAGCAAUAAAUCAGUAUCUGGUAUCAGUAUUUCAUAUCUGGAUGGAUUAGGUUAAAACACUGGGUUUCUACCUCUACAAAGGGGAUUUAAAUGUCACAUUGUGCUUCAUUAAAAACUUGGUUUUGUCCUAAAACAUAAUCAACACUUGUCUAUGUAUGAGUGCCAAGUUGUAUGUCCUCAGGUUUGGAUUCUCAUUUUUCUAAGAAAAACUAUUUUUUUUUAAAGCCAAGAGUCUGCAUGGGGAGAAGUAUUUUGAUGAAGGGACAGGGAACUUUAUGUACAAGGAUUAGGAAAAUAUAUAGGUUGCUCUGAAAGUAAUGCCUCAUACUUACUUCUAUGGAAGCUGCAGUAGAUAAAAGAGCACAAUAACACUAUUUGAAAGAACACAUUCUUAGCCACAAAAUAGCUAUGGAACACUAUUUUUCAACACAGUCACCACUAUUUGCUUUAUAUUUUCACUAGCCUGCAUGUAGUCCUUUUAAAAAUUGGUACCAGUGAAGGUGACCCACAGUUACCAUAGCUGAAAAGUGCCACCCACUGCCUCACUGUAUUUGCAUCCACUGUUUGGUCUCCGUAAAUGUUCAGCAAGUGUUGAUGAAUA